UUCUACUUGAGUAAUGAAUGUGAAUACUUUUGACACCUCUGGUAAUUAGCAUAACCACUAAUACAAAUACUAAAUUCAUACAGAAAAACUUACUGACAAAAUAAAAGUACUUUAAUGCCGCCACGACCACAGGGAGUUACAAAAAUAAAAUUAAAAUCAUUUUAAUUAGUGAAAACGCUAAACUUUGUUUCACAUCAAACUCAUUGUUUUCAUUGAUAAAAUAAUUGAUAUCAGUGUUUUCUUAUUGGCAGAUUGUGUCAUAGUUGAGGUACAAGUUGAAACACGAAAAAUGGUAACAAUAACAAAAGGUGAGUUUCUCAGAAAAAUACUUCUUGAACCACUCAAGGCAGUCAUGAGAGGCUGUGGUGCAGCCAUGACCAGCACGGAAGCCAGACUGCAUAGCAGAAAGGACACAGUGGGAUUCAAGAUGGUUGGUAAUCUGUUUAUUGACCAAGCUUUUGAAGACUUUUGAAAGACAGGGUAAGACAGAUAGGGGUCUAUAGCAGUUUGGGUCAAGGGUGUCUCCCCCUUUUAAGAGAGGGAUGACUGCGGCAGAUUUCUAAUCUCCAGGAAUUUCUGAAGAUGCGAGAGACAGAUUAAACAGGUUGGUAAUGGGUGAAGCAAUAAUACUUGCAGAUAAUUUGAGGAAAUAGGGAUCGUGCGUGUAUGUGUGCGUGUGUGUAUGUGUGUGUGCUUGUAUAUGUGUGUGUGUGUGUGGAUGAGGUUUCUCCCUAAAAGGAAGUUUUUCAUCACCAUUGUCACACUAACUGCUCUUGGGGGGGAUUAUUGGAAUUAUUGGGUCCUGUGUUCAGGGUGUUUCUUGUUUACAGUUUACUUUGACUUUCACAUUGAGUCACAGUUAGUUUAUAUAUGCUGCUGCUGUGUGAUUGGUUUCUCUCAUCAUGUGAGUUCAGAGAAAUGACUCAGUGUUGUUACAUAAAGCUGAUAGGACAAACAGAGAGAGGACGAAGGAGACUGAGCGCGCUCAGAGCUGCUUCACCUGCAUCACCUCAAACAGUUUGAUUUAAAGUCAGCUUCUUCAUCACUCUGAAGAGGAGCUCUCAACACUUCAGGAGGACCAGGAGACCUCAAGAUGGCUUCAACACCAAGAAGAAGAAGAAGAAGGAGCAUAGACAUCCCAUCUGAAUUAAUGGACAAACUCAAAAAUCAUUCAGCUUCAUUCAUCAGAGAGGUUGACAGCAGUGAACCGAAGAUGAGACCGAUUGUUAGAGAGUUUAGGGAGAUCGCUGAUGAAGUCAGAAAGAUGCAGGAGACAACAGAUGAAGUCAGAAGAGCAGCAGCAGAUGUACUAGAAGUCACAACCUUUGGCAUUCUGUUGGGCUUACUUACAGGCAGAGCAGCAGGAGCAGUAGCAUUAGCAGUAACAGCAGGAGGGGCAAGAGUAUUACCAGCAAGAGCAUUAGCAUUAAGGGCAGCAACAAUACUAUCAGCAGUAGCAGCAGGAUUAGGAGCAGCAGCUGCAGCAGGAGCAGGAGCAACAGGAGCAGCAGUAGUAGCAGCAGUAGGAAGAAUAGCAGCAGUAAUAGCUGCAGGAUCAGCCAUUGUUGUUGCUGGUGCAAAUGUUACAAAAGAGAGAUCAGAGAGUGGAAGUGUAAAUAAAGUAAAACAGCUGAGGACAGACUUAAUGGAGAUCGUUGAACCACUGAAGAAGGCCCUGGAAGAAAUAAAGAGGACGUGUGAGGAAAUGAAGCAAAGAUCAGCUGAAGAUCAGGCUGAAAUCACUUUGACAGACAUGGAGGCGUUACAGAGGAUUAUUAGAGUAGUGUUUGAACUGGGGAGUGGUGAUGGAGUAUUGUCUGCUAUGUGGAAAGUCUUCAGACUCACUUCGACCCCUGAAGAGGACAGAAAGUUAACAGACUCCAUCAUCCAGUCAGCUGAUCUCUGUCAGAAAGUCAUCGAUGACUUGAAGAAGAUGAAGGAAGAUCUCAAAGACUUCACAGAACAGUGA